GUCCUCCGCCCCCUCCCUCCGCCGGCUCCGGCGGUGCGUGAGGGCCGGCCGGGCGAGGAGGCGGGGCACGUCGGCGCCGCCGCCGCCCCUCCUCCUGUUCCAGCUGCCGCCGCGGCCGCCUCUUCCUGGGCUGAGUCCGCCCGUGGUCCGGGCGGCGCCAGGUGCGUUCACUCCGCCCGACUGUGCCAGCGUCCGUCGCCGCCGUAGCUGCCCCGGGCUCCCCGCCCCGCUGCCGAGAUGGCGACGCGCUCCUGCCGGGAAAAGGCUCAGAAGCUGAACGAGCAGCACCAGCUCAUCCUAUCCAAGCUGCUGCGGGAGGAGGACAACAAGUACUGCGCUGACUGCGAGGCCAAAGGUCCCCGAUGGGCUUCCUGGAAUAUUGGUGUGUUUAUUUGCAUCAGAUGUGCUGGAAUUCAUAGAAAUCUUGGGGUUCAUAUAUCCAGGGUCAAAUCAGUCAACCUAGACCAAUGGACACCGGAACAGAUACAGUGCAUGCAAGAUAUGGGAAAUACUAAAGCAAGACUACUCUAUGAAGCCAAUCUUCCAGAGAACUUUCGAAGACCACAGACAGAUCAAGCAGUGGAAUUUUUCAUCAGAGAUAAGUAUGAAAAGAAGAAAUACUACGAUAAAAAUGCUAUAGCUAUUACAAAUAAAGAAAAGGAAAAAAAAAAGGAAGAGAAAAAGAGAGAGAAGGAGCCAGAAAAGCCUGCAAAACCACUUACAACUGAAAAGCUACAGAAGAAAGAAGAUCAGCAAUUGGAGCCUAAGAAAAGUACCAGCCCUAAAAAAGAUGCAGAGCCCACUGUUGAUCUUUUAGGACUCGAUGGCCCUGCUGAGGCACCAGUGACCAAUGGAAACACAGCAGUGCCAACCCUGAAUGAUGAUCUGGACAUCUUUGGACCGAUGAUUUCUAAUCCCUUACCCGCAACUGUCAUGCCCCCAGCUCAGGGGACGUCCUCUGCAUCAGCAGCUGCUGCCCUUUCUACAGUAACAUCUGGGGAUCUGGAUCUAUUCACUGAGCAAACCACAAAAUCGGAAGAAGUGGCAAAGAAACAACUCUCCAAAGACUCCAUCUUAUCUCUCUAUGGUGCAGGAACCAUUCAACAGCAAAGUACUCCUGGUGUGUUUAUGGGACCCACAAAUAUACCAUUUACCUCACAAGCACCGGCUGCAUUUCAAGGUUUUCCAUCAAUGGGUGUACCAGUGCCUGCAGCUCCUGGCCUCAUAGGAAAUGUGAUGGGACAGAGUGCAAGCAUGAUGGUGGGCAUGCCCAUGCCCAAUGGGUUUAUGGGAAAUGCACAAACUGGUGUGAUGCCACUUCCUCAAAAUGUUGGCCCCCAAGGAGGAAUGGUGGGACAAAUGGGUGCACCGCAGAGUAAGUUUGGCCUGCCGCAAGCUCAACAGCCACAGUGGAGCCUCUCACAGAUGAAUCAGCAAAUGGCUGGCAUGAGUAUCAAUACUGCCACCCCCGCGGCGGGUUUUGGCCAGCCCCCUACCACAACAGCAGGAUGGUCUGGAAGCUCAUCGGGGCAGACUCUCAGCACACAACUGUGGAAAUGAAAACUGAGAUACAAGUGUCAUCCAGAACUACCACCUGACAUUCCUUGCUAAAACGCAUCUAGUUCCCCUGUUUAUUCAUGUACAUAUAUUUUUUUUUCUUUUUACCCAUUUGUUCACAUUAAGAAUUAUCUGAUUGACCGUGUUGGUCUGUACUGAUUAAAUUUGAUGUGGUGAAAAGCAGGUUGAUAAACCAUUUUAUGUCAAAAGCAGCUUUGCUCAUAUUUCCCCUGAUUUCAUAAACCACCAUUAUUUGAGAAGCUGCUCAGUCAACUUGCAUAAUCAGUUUUACUCUCAAUAAAAUUAUAGCUCUAAUGUUUGCAUAUAAGGGAAGUAGUUAUCAUGUUAGUAAUACCUCUAACAGUAUAAACCCCACCCCCCAAAUUAGCCAGUAAUCCUGUAGGAAGGUACUGUACUGUAUGAUCAAAUGUUUAAUCAUAUAAAUAGAAUGUAAAUGUAUCACUGAGCACUGUUUUCUAGUGUAUCAAAAUUCUUUUAUUUCAUCAUUCACUCCACUGUGCUGUUGUUAUGAUGUGCUUAACAGGGAACAUGGUUAGUGAAAGGAAGAUAAACCUGGAUGUUACUACAAAACUUAGUUUAACGAAUGUUUAAAGAAUACAAAUUUUAUCUGCCUCUCUUGUAAUUUGGAUCUCGUCUUAUGUACAUAGUGCUAAUAUGAAGACCUUUUUCUGCACUACAUGCAAACAGGGUAACUAAAACAAAGCCACUUUGAAUCCUUGAAGGUAUAUCCAGGUUUAUGACAGUAAUUGUGUUUACAUUUUAUGGUGCCUAGUAUUGACAAAAUGUUAUUUCCCUAUAUUAAACAGAUGAAUCCAUA